GUUGACAGUAACAGGAAGUAAAAUCUUGUUUCCAUGUGCGUUCCUCUCCUACAAAACAAAUAGCUAAAUUUCAGGAAACAAACCAAACGUGUAAAAAUGACCGAAGCAUCUGUUAAGAUCCCCUGUCCCCCUGAGCUCGGGAAAAUUCUUGGUAUAAAGACUCAAACAACGAUGCAAGCAGAAGCUUUCACUCACGCCUUUAUAGCCAACAGCGUCCCAGGUAAAGGAAAACAGUGUCCUGUGGAUAAGCUGGCCCAUAAGGCUGUGGUCCUGGAGUAUGCCAGGUCGAAGAAGGUAAAAGAGAAGAGGAAGAGAAAGAAGUCCAAAGGGCUCAAUGCUAAGCAAAAGAGGGAAUUGAAAGUUUUCCAGAUCAAACCUGAACACCAAAAAUACGAACUUUUCCUACCUCUGCAUGACCUAUGGAAACAAUACAUCAUUGAUUUGUGCAAUGGAUUAAAACCAGGGAGCAACCCAUUGUCAAUUCAGCAGAAGCUUUUAAAGGCAGAUUUUCAUGGUGCUAUAAUCACAGUGGUUCGAUCCAAAUGCCCAUCAUAUGUCGGAACGACAGGAAUUCUGGUUCAAGAGUUCAAACACGUCUUUAAAAUUAUCACCAAAGAGGACAGAAUGAAAGGGUCGCGGGGAUGCUGGAGCCUAUCCCAGCAGUCAUUGGGCGGCAGGAGGGGAGACACCCUGGACAGACCGCCAGGCCAUCACAGGGCCAUUACCUUUAUAUUAUUCAAUUAAAAAUCUUAAUAUAUUAAUCAUACGGCUUUCAGCAUUAACACGUUAACGCUUGCGAUUAAUCUGGAAACCUUAACACGGUAAUAUUUUUCAACGCGAAUUAAUCAUAUUACCAAAUUUGAUCCCAACUUCCUCCCAUAAUUCCAGCGUGGAUGUUUAUCUGGCUGAAUUACUGAAAGGCAUGACAAACGCAGAUAACAUGAUGACUGAGGAGACAUCCCCGGUGUGCUGAAUGACAAAUUUCAUUUUAAAAGGCUUCCAGAUGGAAGUUACAAAAUAAAAAAAAUAAAAAAAGAUUCCUCUGACCAGUUUGUCAUGCAUUUCUUUAUUCCAACAUCAUACAUAUAAUUGUUUUAUCGCCCCCAAAAAAUACAAGUAAAUACUAAUAUUUUAAACUUGUGAUUAAUCACAUUCUAUUAUUGUGAUUAACUCAAUUACAUUUUUAAUCAAUUGACAGCACUAAUUAACCACCUAAUCAUACUUUCUCCACCCUUUUCCU